AUGUUACAGAUGAUUCGAUUUUUGUUUGAAUAUUCAUUAAAUAUCCAAACAACAGAUUCAAUUGAAGAUUUAAGUCAGAUUUAUCAAUUAAUAUUUUCAUUGCCAAAAUUAAAAUCAAAUGAACUUUGUUUAUGUGGAGCUCAUUGGUAUACAUUUGAUGAACUUAAUGCAUUAAUAUUCCAUACACCAAAUCUUCGUCGCCUUAAGCUUUCACAUGGAAGUACAGAUGAUUCAGAUAUAGAAGAUAUGCUAUCAGUGAAUUUAAAUAAUCUCAUUGAUUUAUCAUUAUUUACAAAUUAA